ACUGAAAUGCUGGUCUGGCAUUUACUGACUUGCCAUGGUGUGGCUUUUACUCUGAAGCCACUUGUUGGUUUCUUGUGCUUCCUCAACUAAACCUUUUGUGCUAAGCUUUAUUUAUACCUACGUGAUAAGGAACCAGCUAGUGCUAUAAUCAGGAAGUAUGCAAAGUUCUGAGCCUUACCAAACGGAAAGUGAAAGCGAAAAUGCAUUCCCCUCCAUUCAAAGCUGCAACCGCGUGGAUGAAGAUUAAAUCAGUUUAUUAAAACAUUGUUCAGAUCCUGUGAGACAUCGCUGGAGCCAGUACGGUGCUAUGAAGAACUAUGAGAUUUAGCCUGGACAGUAACUUGUUUCCUGGAGAAUAGAUUAAGUAUUCCAUUCUUCUACAAUGGUUAAUCUACUCAGAAAACAAAUGUUUAGUAUUUCCAUAGGACUUUACUGCUCAGCAAUCAUCCUGCUUAAAAUAUGUAUUUGUUCUCAGUUCUCAAUGCCAUCUAGUGACCAGUUCAAUAAGGACCCUGGGGCUUUCCCAGUAGCCACGAAUGGGGAACCAUUUCCUUGGCAUGAGCUAAGGCUCCCCAAGAUGGUCAUUCCCCUCCACUAUGACCUUUUAGUCCAUCCAAAUCUCACCUCCCUGGACUUUGUUGCAUCUGAGAUGAUCGAAGUCUUAGUCAGAGAUGCCACUGAAUUUAUCAUCUUGCACAGCAAAGAUCUUGAAAUCAUGAAUGCCAUCCUUCAUUCAGAGGAAGAUUUGAGAUACAGGAAACCCGGGAAAAAGCUAAAUGUUUUGAGUUAUCCUGCUUAUCAACAAAUUGCACUGCUGGUUCCAGAGAAACUCAUGGCUGACCUGAGAUACCAUGUGGCAAUUGACUUCCAGGCCAAGCUAGCUGAUAAUUUUGAAGGGUUUUAUAAAAGCACAUACAGAACUCUUGGUGGUGAAACAAGAACAGUUGCAGUAACAGAUUUUGAGCCAACUGAUGCACGAAUGGCUUUCCCUUGCUUUGAUGAACCUUCGUUCAAAGCCAACUUUUCAAUCAAGAUAAGAAGAGAAAGUGGACACAUUGCACUAUCCAACAUGCCAAAGGUUAAGACAAUUGAACUUGAAGGAGGCCUCUUGGAAGAUCAUUUUGAAACUACUGUAAAAAUGAGUACAUACCUUGUAGCCUACAUAGUUUGUGAUUUCAAGUUUGUGAGUGGGACAACCUCAUCAGGGAUUAAGGUGUCCAUCUAUGCAUCCCCAGACAAGUGGAGUCAAACCCAUUACGCUUUGGAAGCAUCGUUGAAGCUACUUGAUUUUUAUGAAAAUUACUUUGAUAUCAACUAUCCACUCCCAAAACUGGAUCUAGUUGCCAUUCCUGACUUUGAGUCUGGAGCCAUGGAAAACUGGGGCCUCAUCACAUAUAGGGAGACAUCACUGCUCUUUGAUCCCAAGACCUCUUCUACUUCUGAUAAACUGUGGGUCACCAGAGUCAUAGCCCAUGAACUGGCACACCAGUGGUUUGGCAACCUGGUUACAAUGGAAUGGUGGAACGACAUUUGGCUCAAUGAGGGUUUUGCAACAUACAUGGAACUUAUCUCUGUUAAUGCUACAUAUCCAGAGCUACAAUUUGAUGACUACUUUUUGAAUGUGUGUUUUGAAGUAAUUACCAGAGAUUCAUUAAAUUCAUCCCAUCCUAUCUCCAAUCAAGCAGAAACUCCUACUCAGAUACGGGAAAUGUUUGAUAAAGUUUCCUACAACAAGGGAGCUUGCAUUUUGAAUAUGCUCAAGGAUUUCCUGAAUGGGGAGAAAUUUCAGAAAGGGAUUAUUCACUACUUAAAGAAGUUCAGCUAUAGAAAUGCUAAGAAUGACGAUUUGUGGAGCAGUCUGUCAAAUGGUUGUUUAGAAGGUGAUUUUACAUCUGGUGGAUUUUGUUAUUCUGAUUCCAAGACGACAAGCAACACACUCACCUUUCCAGGGGAAAAUGUGGAGGUCAAAGAGAUGAUGACUACGUGGACUCUGCAGAAAGGAAUCCCCCUGGUAGUGGUUAGCCAAGAGGGGCGUUCACUCAGACUACGACAGGAGCGCUUCCUGAGCGGGGUGUUCAAAGAGGACCCUGGCUGGAGGGCCCUGCAGGAAAGGUACCUUUGGCACAUCCCAUUGACCUACUCCACGAGUUCCUCUAAUGCGGUUCACAGACAUAUUCUAAAAUCAAAGACAGAUACACUGGAUUUACCUGAAAAGACCAGUUGGGUAAAAUUCAAUGUGGACUCAAAUGGAUACUACAUCGUUCACUAUGAGGGUCAUGGAUGGGACCAGCUCAUUACACAGCUGAAUCAGAACCACACAGUUUUCAGACCUAAGGACAGAAUAGGUCUGAUUCAUGAUGCAUUUCAGCUAGUAAGUGCAAGAAGGCUGACCCUAGACAAAGCCCUCGACCUGACUCACUAUCUCCAACAUGAAACAAGCGUCCUUGUACUUCUCAAAGGUCUGGAGUACUUAGAAUCGUUUUACUACAUGAUGGAGAGAAGGAAUAUUUCAGAUGUCACUAAAAACCUCAAGCAUUACCUUCUCCGAUAUUUUAAGCCAGUGAUUGACACGCAAAGCUGGAGUGACGAGGGCUCUAUUUGGGACAGGAUGCUCCGCUCAGCCCUCUUGAAGCUGACCUGUCACCUGAACCAUGCUCCUUGUAUCCAGAAGGCAACUGAAUUCUUCUCUCAGUGGACGGAAUCCAGCGGAAAAUUAAAUCUCCCAACAGAUGUUUUAAAGAUUGUGUAUUCCGUGGGUGCUCAGACAACAGCAGGAUGGAAUUACCUUUUAGAGCAAUAUGAGCUGUCAAUGUCAGGUGCUGAGAAAAACAAAAUUCUGUAUGCAUUGUCAACGAGCAAACAUCAGGAAAAGUUAAUGAAAUUAAUUGAACUAGGAAUGGAAGGAAAGGUUAUCAAGACACAGGACUUGGCAGCCCUUCUUCAUGCAAUUGCCAGAAAUCCACAGGGGCAGCAACUGGCCUGGAAUUUUGUAAGAGAAAACUGGACCCACCUCCUUAAAAAAUUUGACUUGGACUCAUUUGCCAUGAGAAUCAUCAUUUCUGGCACAACAUCUCAUUUUUCUUCCAAGGAUGAGUUACAAGAGGUGAAACUGUUCUUUGAAUCUCUUAAGGCCCAAGGAUCACAUUUAGAUAUUUUUCAAAUUGUUCUGGAAACCAUAACCAAAAAUAUUAAAUGGAUGGAGAAGAAUCUUCCCACACUGAGGACUUGGCUACAGGUUAAGAUUUAAAUGGUCAGUAGAAAGAGCACAUCAGAUGUGGGCUACCACUGCAUGAAAUUGGCAAAGCUCAAGUCAGCCUUACAGAUAUUUUGUCUAACCAGUAAGAAGCCUCAAGAAAUCAUCCAGUGCAGCUGCCUGCUCUAAGCUGUGGUCUCUAGUUGACCUAUGUGUGAUGCUGGGAGUGGGGUAAGGCCAGUUAGGGAUCCUAUUUAAAAGUAAACUUUCUGAAUAAUGGGGAUAUGUGGAGAUACAGAUGUAGACAUAGAGAUGUAGCUAUAGUCGUUUAGCCACAACACAGACUAUCUGCAUUGUCUCACAUUAUGCCAUUCCUUUGUUAUGUUGCUGCUUUUUAACCUUGCUUAGUAUCUUGGUGUUUGCCCAUCCAGUUUUACCUCCAAGGAAACACAGCCAAUUCAUUAAAAAAAAAAAAAAAAAAGCCUUCAUUUGCAUUCUGCCAUCUUCUCACUCUCCCUCCUUCUUCAGCUCAGCCUGAAUAGUUUAAUUAUUACCAUUCAUAGAAAAUCUGAAUUAAAUAUGAAGCAUAAGAAUUAGGAAAACAGGCACUUUGUCACCAAAUCUCAGAUUAUUAAAAACUAUAUGUCAGGGUUUAUCAAGGAGACCAGGAGGGCCUCUUGGCAUGAGACUCAUAUUCAUGAAGAGCCUCAAAGAUAGCCUUUUGAGGUCAUCUCCAAAUGAAGUAAAAUCUGCAGUUACGGAGGUACAGGAAAUGUAUUGUGCUUAUUAGUGUGGUAUUUCAAAAGCUUUAUGGUGGAUGCCACACUUUAAUCCACACACUGCUGCAUUUUUAAUAAAUCUUUUGAGAGUUGCAAAAUUAGAUUAUAUUGGGAUAUUUUGGGUUACAUCAGGGUUUAAUAUAAAUAUUUUAAUGUAUUACAUUUUGUUACCCAGUUUUAGCAUUUCUUCAUACUUUAAGAGAAAAGGGGGUGUUAAUAUACUUUCUUCUUGAUCUCUGAAAUGCUUUUUUUGAUGCUUCUCUUAAUUGUUUGAAUGAAAUAUUUGGAAUAAAGAAAACACACAUUUAAAUACAGGUAGUAAAUUUAAUAAAUUCAUAACCCCACAUAUGAAUCAGUAUGAAAGUGUAAUUAAGUUCUAGAUAGAUUUGAAUCAAUACACAAAUGACUGAUUUAUCUGGUAGUUAAGGGAAGGUGGGGAUGUCGGAGCAGGGGUGACGUGAGGACGUUAUCCAUCCCUUUUGGAGAGAUAUCAUGAAGGUCUAUAGACCUUUCUCAGUCAGAGACAGAAUAUGGUUUGGAUGAAUAUUGGCCAUGGCCCAACAUACAUUUUGUUAAGUUUGUUUUCAGAUCACUUCUUGGAAUCUUUGAAGCAUCUUUGGCUUUAGAUUUGAUCUGGUCAGGGUUCUAUCAAAGUUUGUAUAACUACUUAGUGAUAUCACUCUAUAAUUAUACAUACUGUAGCAUAAGAAAACUGAAAAAGAAUACUUUUUUCCCACCAAGAUAAUAUGUAAAUUAAGUAGUAAAAUGUGUGUGUUUCGACAGAACUGUAACAUCAAUAUUUUCCUAAAUAAAUAAAGUUUUCUUUUGUGCAGUACCUUA